GGUUACGUUGCUUAAUAAAAUUCCCCAUAUUGUAAUAUUGUGUUGCGUUACUUCUGCGUAGGAUCAAAACUUUCACUUAUGGCCCAAACCCCCCAAUAUGAUACACCAGUGUCUUUGUGACCACAUCUAGCGGCAGCCGGCAAAAUGAAAUCGACGAUUAUAUUUCUUCUGCUCCAAUGCUGUGUCAUGGUGUUCUCGGAUGACAGCCCGGAUUCUAAAGAUAUAGGACUGGAUGACUAUGACGAUAUUGGAAGAAAACACAGAAAGAAGAAAAAGCAUCAGAAUAAUCCAUGUUUCGGACGGACUCUGGGGGAAAAGUUUGGCUCCCAAGAUUACACUAGCACGUAUAUAUCAGCUCCGGUCACCAAUUAUUUCUUUGGUUGCGGAGGAUUUCCCGCACCUAUUGCGCCAUAUCCCCAGUAUGGUAACCAAGAACACGGAGGCCAUGGGCACGGGGGCCAUGGUCACGGAGGCCAUGGUCACGGGGGCCAUGGUCACGGAGGUCAAAGUCAUGGAGGCCAUGGUCACGGAGGUCAUGGUCAUGGUGGACACGAUGGAAACUUUCAAGGGGGAUACGCACCAGGAUACAUUCCCCAGAAUUAUGGCAAUCAGCAAUACCAGCAGUUCAAUCCAGGCUUUCAAGUUCAAAAUAGACCUUUUCAAAAUAUAGUCUCAUCAGCGGCUGCUGGGUUGGGAAACGUUGUCUCCAGCUACUUUUCAAGACCCAGGAAGACAUACAAACAAAUCAAUAGAUUCAUAAACCAUUUGUUUUAGUGAAACAAACAAGACUGUUUAAUUUGUGUAAAGUGCUAUUUAAACAUUAGUUAUAUUUAUAUUAAGUGUUAAAGGGUUUUGCGAUUUGUGGUUCAUAUAAAUUGCCUAUGAUAAAUGAUGCAUUUUUUAUUCUUAUACAGAAGAUUGGAGCGCAUCUUAAAGGCGAUUGACAGAUUUUUUUUGUACUAAGCAGUAGAAUAUAAAUUUGUUAUUAGCAGUCUUUUGUUUUAAGGUAAUGUUACAUUUUGAAGGGAAAUAUAAUGUAACAAUGAUCGCAUGGCGUUGUUUUAUACACGUGUUCAGUUAUGCCUAAUUUGCAAAGUAAUUGUUGCCAUGCGUUGCUUUGGGUAAUUAAAAGUUUAAUAAAUGGUUCGAUCGCUGGUGUCUUUAAAAUAUUGCGAAAUAUUCAAUGCAUUUUAGUAUUAUUAUGUGUAACAGUAUAAGUCUUAAUUAUGAUAAUUUUAAUUGUAAAAUGAUGAAAUGUAAAUGUAUAACGAAAUAUUAUAGCAUAACUCAGAUUGUGCAAACUCAUUAAAUUGUAGACGCCGUCAUCAGCUAACUUUUUGGUCAACCAAAUUAAUUCUAGUAUUAAAUCUUUUUGAGUGUUUUUGAUAGAAUAAGAUAUAAAACCGUUCUUUCUCCGUCCAAAUCGUAUCCAUCAGUUUUGGUUAUAGUGAAUAAAAAUUGUAAUGUAAGAUCCUAUUAACGUCCCACGAUUUAACGAUGAAUCCCCGGAAUCGUCGAAAUCUCUUCGGUUGGUUAACCUAACAAUGAUACAAUAUAAAUAGCAUUACACACACACUUAAUAACGACACGAUUAGAUAAUUAAAGGUACUUGGUAAGUUGCCGAAAUUAGUUAAUACUGCGGAGAUGUGUACGUUAUUUUGUCGCAUUACUCUCCUAGCCCGUAAUAAACUCGACUAUCGCCAUCAUACGUACCGAACUAACUAAGAAAACCGUUAUUUUGUUUAGAAAUUGGGAUUGCCUGAGCGUGAUUUAUCACGCUUGCUUCAAUAUUGCAAGAUAUUAAUUAAUUAGGUAAAAAUGUACAACAUAGUUUCUAUUUCCGCAAAAGAUUUCAGGCCAAGAAUUGAAUUUUAUGUAAUAAACUUUUUUUUCUAAUA